AUGAUGAUCACACAAACAGCCGGAGAAGAUAUACGAUCAGAGCAAAUGUUUUUAAUACCUAAUUCUAAAUUUCAAUGUGUCAAUACAACUUGUUUACCAUUCAUUAGCGUUAUUACAACAGAUAUUAAGAAUUGUCAAUUUGCUUGUUUAGGUCAAAGUCAAUGCACAACAGCAACUUUUCAUCGAUCAACUUCAAAUUGUGAAUUAUUUGAUAAUAUAUUGAAUCAAAAUGGAAAUAUGCUGGCUGAUGUGGAUGCUACAAGUAUGAAUGUUAUCAGUGAAACACGAUUUCCACCAGAACUGACUACGACAACAUCAACAACAUCAACAGCAUCAACAUCCACAACAACAUCCACUACAUCAACAACAACAACAAUAACAACCACAACAACAACAACUUCAACAACAACUUCAACAUCAACAUCCACAACAACAACAGCAAUACAGCAAUGGACAAUGACAGGAAAUAUGAAUGUCGCACGACAAUAUCACGCAGCAACCGCAGCAGCAAAUGGAUCAGUAUUAGUCGCUGGUGGAUUUAGCGGUAGUAAUUCUUUCAAUAGUGCUGAGUUGUAUAAUCCAUCAACAAACACUUGGACAGCCACAGACAACAUGGGUACCGCACGAUAUCUUCACACAGCAUCCACAUUAACAAAUGGAUCCGUAUUAGUUUCUGGUGGAUAUAAGACUGGUGUUGGUAUUCUCGAUAGUGCUGAAUUGUACAAACCAUCAACAGGCACUUGGUCAACCACCCCCAGCAUGAGUGUCGCACGAUAUCAGCACACAGCAACCACAUUAGCGAAUGGAAAAGUAUUAGUUGCUGGUGGAUUAAGCGGUAGUUCUCUCAGUAGUGCUGAGUUGUACAAUCCAUCAGCAAACACUUGGACACCCACAACUACUAUGAGUGUCGCACGAUAUAUGCACACAGCAUCUACAUUAGCAAUUGGAUCAGUAUUAGUUGCUGGUGGAUACAGUGGCAGUAGUUAUGUUAAUAGUGCUGAACUGUACAAUCCAUCAACAAGCACCUGGACACUCACAGGUACCAUGAGUACCGCACGAGGUUAUCACACAGCAUCCAUAUUAGCAAAUGGAUUAGUAUUAGUUACUGGUGGAUGCGGUGGUGCUGCUUGCAAUAGUGCUGAAUUAUACAAUCCAUCAACAGGUACUUGGACAACCACUGGUACCAUGAGUGUCGCACGAUCUUCUCACACAGCAUCCACAUUAACAAGUUCAUUCGUAUUAAUUACUGGUGGAUGCGGCGGCGCUGCUUGCAAUAGUGCUGAAUUAUAUAAUCCAUCAACAGGUACUUGGACAAUCACAGGUAGCAUAAAUGUCGCUCGAUAUAUGCAUACAGCAUCUAUAUUAGCAAAUGGAUCAGUAUUAGUUGUUGGUGGAUAUGGCAGCAGUGCUAUUCUCAAUAGUGCUGAACUUUAUUAA